AUGAAAAAACUACAGGGCUACGGUAUAGGAGGGGAUUUAGUUCGUUGGCUCAAAUUGUUCCUGCAUGACCGACGCUCGAAGGUGAGAGUAACCGACCACUGUACAGACUGGUAUACGUCACCUAGUGGCGUACCUCAGGGAACGGUUUUGGGUCCACUUCUGUUUCUACUCAUCAUCAUCAUCAUCAUCAUCAUCAUCAUCAACAACAACAGCAUGACAUCAAGACUCUGUGAGUGUCGCGGGACACUCUCCAGUAUAGCUCAAUGGGUCGCUGAGGUGCGCAAACCGUCACACCACGGCUAUAUUGCGGACGAUGGAAAAGUCACCGCUGCGGCUCAUUUGGCUACAACAAGGAAAAUGAAAUCUUAUUGA